AUGGCCGACGUGCUCGACACCGGCGGAAGACACCGGCUGGUGCGCGGGUGGAUCAUCUCACCAGCCAUCUCUACACACCCGCGACCGGCAUCCACUGGCCCACUGGCACUGGCCCUCGGGCGCCCCGACAGGCGCGAUCACCCGUCCUACCGCACCCGCAGCCGUGAGUCGCAGAACGAAUCCACCGCCAAGGGAACAAUAUAG